AUGGGCGUUUUUAACUCUUCUGUUUCAGACUUUAGAGCUGUUCUCGAUAGACAUGCCUGGGUGGCUGAAGUUGCGGGAAUCCUUCCUCUUUCCGCCUUGAUCGACUUUAUUGACAUUCCAGAGAAGCUACAUAUCUUCCAACUGACAGGUGCCGUCCCCUUAUGGAGCUGGCCCAUCACGCCGUCGGGCAGUCGCCUCAUCCUUUCCGGCCAGCACUCCGAGCAAGAAUGCUACCUCGAUCGAUAUGGAAGCAGCAUGGCCUUUCUGGCCCUUGAUGGCCGAUAUGGGGAUAAUUAUACCGUCAGUAAUCCGGAGACAGUCCGCCAAUGUCUUGCCACUCAGAGACCGCGCACCAUUUGCAACCUCCACGAGAACAUGUCUGGAACUGAUCUGAGAAUUCAAAACUUGGAGUUUGUCCACGUCGUCAGGCUGGAAAACAAGAAGAGCCACCGAGAGACCAAUACGUGGCUCAGUCGUAUUUUCAACAGUCAUGGCGCGUCAACUUCGCUCCGAUAUUUAGUGGUAUCAGCAUUCGGAUGGGCAAUAGUACUUGGUAUGAUUGUCAUGAGCGCGAUACUCCGCUGCUACCUGUCAUUAGCUUUUUCUGCAGUGGCCUUGGGCACUGGUCUAGUGACGUUCAUCCUGUAUGGUUGCCAACCCAGACGGUUGCUAGUGCAAGACCGCAGUGAUUACAAUCGACUGGUAUUGGUGACUGAGCACAUGAACUCGACUAAGUGGAUAGUAUUCUAUGGCGAGAGUACUAUUGUGAACUCCUUGCUGAACCGGCCCCUCGAGCCUGACGGCCCAAAACCAUCGCUUUUCCUAGCACGCUGCCUGUUCAUGGCGCUGCGCUUUCUCAUUCUAGCACAAUGGGCUAUUGCCAUUGGAGCCGCAGCAUCAAAGGGCUGGGAUGCGUACUUCACAACGUUCUGGAUUACAUUCUGCAUUUUCUCCCAUGCCUAUCUCAUUCCGCCGCGCAGCAUCAUGAAGGGCUGGAUGCACUUCAAUGCAGGUUUUCAGAUCAAGCGCUUUAGCACGAUGCUUAGUUCGCGCAGGGCUUUGCUAAACGUAAUUAUCGCACUCAAUCCAGACACAUUCUCUUGGUUAUCAAAGGAGGGUCGUGAGGAACGGACCAAGUUCGACCGAGGAGCGAUGAAAUGGGUUGACCCAAUAUUAGCACCAAGUCCCAGCCGGUCUGAGUGGGAAGAAGCCACGCGGCAAGCGAUCAAUGAGGCGACUGAACGAUACCCCAAUGACGAGACACUUGUCAUGCAGAUGUGCCAGGACAAAGAAGGAAAGAGCUUGAGCUCGGCAUGGAACUCUAGUUAUCCGGCUGAGAGGAAGUACUAUUGGAAGCCUUUCAUUUUGGAGGGCAUUUAUAUGGCUGCAAAGCUGAGACUGGAAGCAAAAGCUCCGGGUCGAAAGUUACCGGAGAAGGCUUAG